AUGAAGGAAGCAAGUAAUUGGAACAACGAAUCUCAUUAUGCUCUAAGUGUCUAUGAAAAAGUCCUUAAUAUAAUUGGAAUUUGGCCUUUGAAUGCGGGAGAUCUCAAAUCUAUUGCACGAUGUUCCUUAGCAAUUUUGAUCCAGAUCAGUACAAUCGGCAGCCUGUCUCUGGAAACAUAUCGGCAAUGCCUGGGUACUGAGGACAUGAUGGAGGCCUUUCUAAUGGAUCUCUCGUCUGUCGUCAGCCUCUCCAAGCUUCUUGUCAUCCGUUUUACUUGGAAGCACACUUACAUCCUGGUGACAUCCAUUAUCGACGACUGGUCGAUGUCCCGGGACAUUCAACAACGGGAAGUUAUGAUGAGGUAUACCCAUGUCGGCAGAGUGGUGUCCUUGACGAUAUUAUAUCUGGGCUACGCAUCAGGCUUCUCGUUUCUCUUCAUGGCUGUACCAUUUGAUAAUUUGAUACCUUGGUUAAAUGUCUCCAAGACAAACGAUAACGACACGAUGGUAACAACGUAUUUUCUAGCAACCUACUGCGUUUUUGGGUCGCUAUCAACGAUCACUUACACCUGCGUUCUAUUACUGCAAGCGGCGCAAAUCUUCGUCAACGCUACCUCGCAUUGCGGAAACGAUGGUUUCUUCUUUGGCCUCGCGAUGCAUCUAUGUGGACAGUUCGAGGUACUGCAAAUGGAUUUUGCUGGCAUCGAAGUGGAAAAAGACAACUGCAAAAAGAAGAUACGAAUGUUAAUUGUCAGACAUAGCCAUUUGAUAAGACUUGCUGACAGUUUUGAGUACGCUUUCAACAUUGCUAUCUUAACGCAGGUUUCAAUGAGCGUGCUGUUGCUUUGUGUAGAAGGUAUGCAAUUGAUAAUAUCGUUAAAGUUAAACGAUAAUAUUGCAGCAAUAAAACACGUUGUCUUAAUUCUGACGAUGCUGGUGCAAUUAUAUCUUUAUUGCUACGCUGGCGAUCAGCUGGAGCAUGUAACCGGAGGGAUCGCGUACAGCGCUUAUGAUAGUCCAUGGUACGAUUUUGAUGUAAAAAUAAUGAAAAAUUUACCUAUGGUGAUGCUUAGAGGAAAAUUGCCUCACCAAACAACAGCUGGAAAAUUCCUACGGAUGAACUUAUUUUCAUUCAAAGAGAUUUUGAAAGCUACAGGUUCCUACCUAUCCGUUCUCAGAGUGAUGAUAGAUGUAUAA